UAUAACCAGUCAUCUUGUUUUUAACUUUCUUGGCGAAGGGAAUCCGACCUUCGAACUAAAAGUCCCAGAGAACAACGCGCUACUUUCUAAACUGUGGGCGGGAAUUAGAAUUAGUUAUUUGACCGAAUGUUAAAAUAUAAUUUUAGCGGGUUUUCAUUUUUCACAAGAACUAAAAUGUUUCUCAAAACAAGCCCGAACUGAGGGCCAAGUGAGUAACAUUACUCCUUCUGGAGACAGACCAAAUCCAACCGAGAUCGGUAUUUAACUAAAGUCCAACUUCCCGCGUCCAGUCAACUCUCCCGGCAGUCUCUUCCCGACGCUGCCAUGGCGUCAUAUUACCAUAGCAUAUUCUGAUUGGCCGACAGAAGGGUAACGGCGCCUGCGCACUGCAUUUCUCUGAGGGCGGUGGGCAGGCGCCAUUUUGGCCCCAGAGGUGCUUCUGGGAAGUUGAGCGCGGUUCUUCACUUUGCCGGUCGGUGAGGUACGGCCCUGUUUAGUAACUGGGGUUUCCCGGUCGAAGCGUCGGCGCCCGCCGCUGCCGACUUCUCCAGAGUCUCGGGGGAGGCAGAAGCGCGCUGCUGUCGAGAGAGGUCACUCCGCCAGGAAGGACGUGACGGGGGCGGCGCGUGGCGCGGACACUCCCCGCCGAGAGCCCGCCUGCCAUGGACUCGGAGUACUACAGCGGUGACCAGUCAGAUGAUGGUGGUGCAACCCCAGUACAGGACGAGCGGGAUUCAGGGUCAGAUGGUGAGGAUGAUGUAAACGAGCAGCACUCCGGAUCCGACACUGGAAGUGUAGACCGCCAUUCAGAGAAUGAAACUAGUGAUAGAGAAGAUGGCUUGACCAAGAUACAUAAUGGAACAGACUCUGAGAAUGAUGAGCCCUCCAAUGUUCAUGCCAGUGACUCUGAAAGUGAGGAGCUUCACAGGCCAAAAGACAGUGACUCUGAAUCCGAGGAACAUGCAGAGUCUCCUGCCAGUGAUUCUGAAAACGAAGCUGUCCACCAGCAGGGGAGUGACUCUGAAAAGGAAGAGCUUCUUAAUGGGCAUGCAAGUGACUCUGAAAAGGAAGAGGGUAGAAAGCAUGCAGCCAGUGACUCUGAAACCGAGGACACUCUGCAGCCUCAGGGCAGCGAGUCUGACAGUGAAGAUCCCCCAAGGCCACAGGCCAGUGAUUCAGAAAGCGAGGAGCCUCCCAAACCUCGGAUCAGUGAUUCAGAAAGCGAGGAGCUCCCCAAACCUCGGAUCAGUGACUCAGAAAGUGAGGAUCCUCCAAGGCCCCAGGUCAGUGACUCAGAAAGUGAGGAGCUCCCCAAACCCCGAGUCAGUGAUUCAGAAAGUGAGGAUCCCCCAAGGCCACAGGCUAGUGACUCGGAAAGUGAGGAGCUCCCCAAACCCCGAGUCAGCGACUCGGAAAGUGAGGACCCUCAGAAAGGACCUGCUAGUGAUUCUGAAGCUGAGGAUGCCUCCAGACAUAAAGAAAAGCCAGAGUCAGAGGACAGUGAUGGGGAGAAUAAGAGGGAAGACUCUGAAGUGCAGAAUGAGUCAGACGGCCAUGCAGACAGAAAAGGACUCCACAGCUCUGACAGCGAGGAGGAAGAACCCAAGAGGCAAAAGAUUGACAGUGAUGACGACGGAGAAAAGGAGGGGGAUGAGAAAGUAGCAAAGCGGAAGGCUGCCGUGCUUUCUGAUAGUGAGGACGAAGACAAAGCAUCAGCAAAGAAGAGUCGAGUUAUCUCUGAUGCUGAUGAUUCUGAUAGUGAUGUUGUAUCAGACAAAUCAGGCAAAAGAGAGAAGACGGUAGCAUCUGAUAGUGAAGAAGAAGUCGGGAAAGAAGAGUCUUCUGUAAAGAAGAGUGAAGAGAAGGAUCUGUUUGGGAGUGAUAGUGAAUCAGGCAAUGAAGAAGAAAAUCUUAUUGCAGAUAUAUUUGGAGAAUCUGGUGAUGAAGAGGAAGAGGAAUUUACAGGAUUUAACCAAGAAGAUUUGGAGGAAGAGAAAAAUGAAACACAGCUAAAAGAAGCAGAAGAUUCUGAUUCCGACGAUAACAUAAAGAGAGGAAAGCAUAUGGACUUUCUGUCAGAUUUUGAGAUGAUGUUACAACGAAAAAAGAGCAUGUGUGGCAAACGCAGACGAAAUCGAGAUGGGGGCACUUUUAUUAGUGACGCAGAUGAUGUCGUGAGUGCCAUGAUUGUCAAGAUGAACGAAGCUGCUGAGGAAGACAGGCAAUUGAAUAAUCAAAAAAAGCCUGCUCUGAAAAAAUUAACCUUAUUGCCUACUGUGGUUAUGCACCUUAAAAAGCAGGACCUUAAAGAAACAUUUAUUGACAGUGGUGUGAUGUCUGCCAUUAAAGAGUGGCUCUCACCUCUACCAGAUAGGAGUUUGCCUGCACUGAAGAUUCGGGAGGAAUUGUUAAAGAUUCUGCAAGAGCUACCUAGUGUGAGCCAAGAGACCCUGAAGCACAGUGGGAUUGGCCGAGCAGUGAUGUAUCUGUAUAAACAUCCUAAGGAAUCAAGGUCCAACAAGGACAUGGCAGGGAAACUAAUCAAUGAGUGGUCUCGGCCCAUAUUUGGUCUUACCUCAAACUAUAAAGGAAUGACAAGAGAAGAAAGGGAGCAGAGAGAUCUAGAACAAAUGCCACAGCGACGAAGAAUGAGCAGCACUGGUGGUCAGACACCACGAAGAGACCUGGAAAAGGUACUAACAGGAGAGGAAAAGGCUCUUAGACCUGGAGAUCCUGGCUUCUGUGCCCGUGCGAGAGUCCCAAUGCCAUCAAACAAGGACUAUGUUGUCAGGCCCAAGUGGAAUGUAGAAAUGGAGUCAUCCAGGUUUCAGGCAACCUCCAAGAAAGGUAUCAGUCGGCUGGAUAAACAGAUGAGAAAGUUCACAGAUAUCAGGAAAAAAAGCAGAUCUGCACAUGCAGUGAAAAUCAGCAUCGAGGGCAAUAAAAUGCCAUUGUGACCUUGCCUGGGACGUGUCCCCAUCUCUAAAAAAAUGCACAGUGGACUAUCGAGAAAGAAGAUGCUUUUAAAUGUUUUAGUGUGUCUCUCAAUGGUUCCAUUUGUAUCAUCUGUUGUUGUAGGACUAACAUUUCUCUCUGUUGUAUUUAAGACCAGUUGUCUGCUUUGUACAGAAGAGUACUUACUACUCCUGCUUCUAUCAACUGUACGUAAUAAAAUUUCAUUAUGGUUUUGGGGGGUUGUCUCAUCAUUGUCUUAGAGAAUAUUCUCUGUGAGAUCAAAAGCUAGUUCUUUGAAGUAUCUUUGUUAUACUCUUGAUUUGGCUCAUUGUAAGGCCCUGAGUUCACUUAAUGACUGAUUGACAGAAAUAUGCUGGCCUAGUCACAUUGCCUGUUUGAUUAAUCAGUCAUGCCUCAGUAUUGAAGCUCCAGUUAAAAAAAAGAACUUUGGAUAAGCCAGGUGCCUUGCACACCUAUAAUCCCAACAUUUGGGAGACUGAUGUCGAAAUAAGAGAAUCAUGAGUUUAAGACUAGCCUGGAUUACAUGGCAAGACUCUUAAAUGCUCUGGAUACUGCAGCUAUGCUGAUGCGCCAGGAGAACAAAAGCACAGAAGUUCUGCAUUGCCCUCCAUUCUACUCCUGAGUCUUCGUUGACCUGGUUGGCUUAAUUUGUAUUUUUUCUAAUAAGAUCAGUCAUAACUGUAGUCUUUUAUUGAAAGACAGUGCUUUUCCAAGUUCAGCAAAGUUUUAAACCAAGAAAUUCUUGGGAACUUGCCUCUUUAUAGCAUCCCUGGAAUUUUCAUAGUCUAAAGAUAUCACUUGCAGCCCAUGUUUUCUUGUGGAGGAAAUCUGAUCCCUAGAGCUGUCGAUUCUUGCACUGAUGCUAAGCAUUGGUAUCAGAAUUGAGUUGUAUACCACUGUAUAUGCCUGUAAUCUCAGCGCUCGGGAGCCAGAGGCAGGAGUAUUGUGAGCUCCCCCAACAGCCUGAGUUGCUCAGAAAGACCCUGUUCAAAUAAAGAUGAUAUCGCAGUUGAGGCUGAAGUACAACAAGCAUACUUUUUAUUUCUCUAUUUAGGGAUGUUUUACUUGUUUGUUUAAAUCUGGGGAGUUAAGAUAUGGGAAGAAAAGGUUAAGAAACUACUCAAUUACAGCAGUUGGACAUAUAGAAAAGGGAGAAACUGUACUUAUUCGGUUUUGAGAAUUCUUACAAAUCAUGAGAGAUUUCUGUAGAUCAAGAAAGUUUUAUCAGUAACCCACUAAUUACCAUAAUCCUCUUUGGGUACAAACCAGAGCCUUGAUUUUAAAAAUAGAGUAUUAUUGCCUACAAUGGCCUUUGGACAAUUGAAGGAAAGUGGACCUCAUGAACUAAAACACUCUUAAGGAACCUCUUAAGCCUGGUGUGGUGGCACACACCUUUAAUCCCAGCACUUGGGAGGCAGAAGAAGGCUGAUCUCUGAGUUUGUGGUUCAGCCUGGUCUACAGAAUGAGUUCGAGAACAGCCAGGGCUACUCAGAGAAACCCUGUGUUUAAAAAAGAGAGAAAGAAAAGAGCCUCUUAAAGCCCAUCAGUACACUCAGCACCCAAGAGCAAGAGCAGAUGGAAUGUGAAACAGAAAGACCUUACAAAGGAACAGUUAAGCACUGGGUGGUGGCAAACUUCCUCUGGUUUUGUUUAAUUUCAUUAACCAAAACAAAAGCCUCUAAUGAGAUCAAAACAGUUCUGAAAGUGAAAAGCAAGUGUUUAAAAGAGUUAUUUGCAUUUUGGUGUCUUGGUAUGAGUUCCACUUAGCACCAUAUUGUUUAUGCAAGUAAAAAUAACCAGCAGGUGAUAAACCCGCACCCUGGAGUUCAAGGAGAUAGGAGUGGCUCUGUGCUACUUAAAGGGGAAAAUGCUAAUUCCUUUAUAAAUUACCUUUGCUGUGUGGAUUUGGGUGGGCAUCCCAAGCUUGACCCAUUCAUUGCCUUCAUAAUUUCCAUUUAUUUUAUUUCCAGAUAACUAGAAUUAGCUCCCAUGUACCCUUCAACAUUUUUCAGUGUGCCACGUUUUUUAUUAUGUUCUUUAUACAUGAUCCUCUUUUUUUUUUUUUUUUUUUUUUGCCAAGCAUGUGAGCAUAGUUUAUCAACAACCUUUCUUCUUAAGCUCCAUUUCUAAGCAUAUUUCUCUUAGAAACAUGUUUUGUUUCCAGGCCUUGCACUUUCAGUCCCCACUCAGAAAGCAGGGGCAGGUGUAUCGCUGAGUUUGAGGCCAUCCUGCUUUACUGAUUGAGUUUAAGGUCAGCCAGGGCUGCACAGAGAAACCCUGUUUGAGAAUUAAACACACCUCUUGGUGUUUAGGGACUGGAUAAUGCAGAUCUGUUGGUAGAGUGCUUGCCUAGCAUGCACUAAGCCUGUACCACAGGUAACUGGCCUGUCACCUUGCCAACCUGGCCUGACCACAUGGCAAAUACAAAGCCAGCCUAGGCCACUUGAGACACUUUGUCUCAGGAUUGGCCAUAUUAACUUUGGCCUCUUGUAUAGAAUGCUCUGGGUUUUUUGUUCGUUUUUGUUUUUUUGUAAAAUGUUUUCCUUUUGGCAAAAGAUUUGUAUCUUAACCAUUAUUAACUGUACAAUUUAGGUUCAUUGGCUGGGUUCACAUCGUAUAAGCAAUCUCUAGAAAUCAUCAUACAAAAUUUAGCUGUACUGGGCAUAGUAGUGCAUGUCUUUAAUCCCAGCACUAAGCAGACAGAAGCAGGACAACUUCUGAGUUCAAAAUCAUCCUAGUCUAUAGCGAGCUCCAGGCCAGCUAAGACUGCAUAGAUCCUGCCCUCAAAAUAAACAACUGCCACCUUACUCCUUCUACCAGCUCUGACAUUCCAUUCUGCUCUCUGCCUCUAAUUUAGACUGUCCUAGGAACCUACUUUUUAAUCUGUUGUGGGCGGGGGCACCUGUACGUGGUAUGCAUAUGGAAAAUCACAAUUUUCCCGGAGUUCUUGCCUUCCACCUUUAUUUACUUGGGUUCUAGGGAUAAGAUAGGUUGCCAGACUUUAGUGGCAGGAAUUUUGACCACUUGAGCUAUCUCACCAGCCUGUUUCUGUGUAUGGGGGGUGAUGCUUUGUCAGAUGCAUGGUUUACAAAUAGUUUCAUUCUUUUCACUCUGCACAACAUGUCCUUUAGUACAAAACUCAUUUUAAUUUUGACGUAGUUUAUUUCCUGUGCUGUUGGUAUCACCAAAUCCAAUAUUAUAAAACUUCUGCCUAGAGCUUUUUUAAAAGGAAUUUCGUAGCUUUGGCCCUCUGUGUUAAGUCUUUGACCCAUUUUGAGAUAAUUGUAUGUUGUAAAAGGCCUACUUUUAUUCUUGUGGAUAAAAUCAUUGAUGUCCUUAAGUCAUUUAUUAAAAGACUGACCCUUUUUCAUUGCUCUCGGAUCCCUUAUCAAAAUUUAUUUGACAGUAUGAGGGUUUAUUUCUGUAUCUUGCUCUAGGCCUUUUGUUUUUUCUAUCCUCAUGAUCCUGUUUUUGCUAGUGGAGCUUUAUAUUGAAUUUUGAAGUCAAAUAAUAUGAUUUAUUUACUCUUUAAUAUUGUUUUGGUUGUUGGGAUUCCUUGACAUUAAGGAGGAAAGUGUAUGAAUGUGUGCAUGCAUGUCCCUCAGCUGCAUGAGGAAGUCAAAGGACAACUUUCAGGAAUAGGUUCUUCCCCCUGAGUUCUGGCUUGAACUUGGGUCAUGAGGCUUGCACUGCACAUUUUUACCUGAGAACCAUCUUGCUGGUCCCCUCCACUUUUCCAUUCGAUGUUGUUUUGGCUCUCUGGGCUUCCUGGAGGUUUUGUAUGACUUAUCUGUGUCCAUCAGUGGAUUUUAACAGACACUGUGUUAGAUCUGCCAUUUGAGGCAGUACUUAGUCUUAACAAUGUUAAGUCUUCUGGUUUUAAACAAGUGUCUUUCCAUUUAGAGUCCUUGGUUGAAUUUAUUCCUAAGUAUAUUAAUUCCUUGUAAUACUGUUAUAUAUUAUUUUCUUAAUUCCCAUUUAGGAUCAUUGUUCGUUCAUGAACAAGUGCAGCUGGUAAUUUGACUCUCCCUUCCCUUUGGAUGCCUCUCACUUCCUCCUCUUGCCUGAUUAGAACCUAGUAGUGGGUUGAAUACUAGUGAUGAAGUAGGCAUCCUUGUUUUACUUUUGGGAUUAAGGAAAAAGCUUUGUCUUCACUUAAUAUAAUGUGAGACCUUCAUGUAUGGCUUUUGCAUUCUUGACCUACUUUUAAUUUUUUGUUUUUAUUAUGACAGGAUCUUGAAUUUUAUGAGAUGAUUUUUCUGUAUCAUUUGGAAUCACUGGUUUUUCUUCAUCUUGAUAGUGUGUAUUUCACUGAUGUAUGUAUGUGUUUUUGUUUUUAAUUAUACAGAUGUACAUAUGCUUGAAUGUCGGUGCAUACAUGCACAUUGGUGUGGGGGUCAAAGGACAACCCUGAGGCUCAUUCCUCAGGCAUCAUCCACCUUGUUUUCAGAGUCAGGGUCUCUGUCCUGGAACCCUCCAUACAGGCUUAACUACCUGGCCAAUGAGGCUUGGGAACCCACAGUCUCUGCCUCCCUAGUAUUGGGAUUAUAAAUGUACACCACACAUGACUUCCCAUAGAUCCUGGGGCCCAAACACGAGUCUUCCUGCUUGCAAGGCAAUCUACUUUUACCAACUAAGCUCUCUCCAACCUAUCAGAUUUUUGUCAUUGUUACUGUUAAGUCAUCCUAACAUUCUGUCAGUAAAUCUUUCUUGAUCAUGACAUAGUAUCUAAUAUUUUUUGAAUCAGAUACUUUUUGAAAAGCUUUAUUUUAUAUUUGUGAAUGUUUACCUGCAUAUAUGUAUGUGUGUGUGUGUAUGUGUGUAUGUACGUAUGUAUGUAUGUAUGUGUACCACAUGUGUGCCUGGUACCCAUAGAGACCAUCAGAGGGCAUUGGUCCCCUGGACCUGGAGUUAACAGGAUGGUUGUCAUCUGCCAUGCAGGUGCUAGGAACUGAAUCUAGGAUCCUCUGUGAGAACAACCAGUGCUCUUACCCACUGAGCCAUCUCUCCUACAUAAUCCUUUUCAAGUGUUGUUGAGUUCUGUUUGAUAGUAAUUUUUAAUUUUACAUUUAGUGUGUUUGGUAUGUCAGUCAUUUCUACCAUGUGGGUUUUGAGGUCAGACUCAGGUUGUCCGUCUUAGCAGCUGAGCUAUUGGCCUAUGUUAGGCUUUUUAGUUAUAAUUUUGCUAUGGUUUUGUCUCUAAGGAGUGUUGUAGCAGGGUGAUCUUUUAUGGUAGUGCUUGUUUGGUUUUGCUGUGAGUGUAAUGCUGGUACUUUGGAAAUACUCCCUCCUUUAUAAGGUUUUGGAAUAAUUUGUCAGAAUUAAUUUUAAUUUGGUUAGGCAUAGCGUUUGUUGCCUUUAGACUUUUGAGUUUGCCAGCCUGUUCUGUGUGGCAGUUCCAAGUCACCCAAGGCUAUAUGGUGAGAAUCUGUCUCCAAAAGAAGGGGUGGGGGAGGAGGGAAUAGUGUUAGUUGUUUAGAUGGUAGAAUGUACCUGGACUGGGCUUUCCUUUGCUGGGAAGGCUUGGAGAGUAGAUGUAAUCUCACUAGUUAGAGAUCUGUCUAUUUAGAUUCCUAAUUCUUCAUGAAUCAAAUUUGGUGGGUUUUCUAUUUUGUCUAUUACCUAAUGGUUAUAUUGAUUUGGUAUAGUUUAUAGUGCUUUGUGCUUUUCAUUCUUGGAAAAUUGGCCAUGAUGUCCCCAACCCUUUUAAAGAUACAUCACUAUGUGUAUAGUCACUUGUGUGCAGGUGUGUGCACAUAUAUGUGUGGGGGGGUGAAGUUAAGGCCUCAUCUUUUAUCUCUAUUUAUUGAAUCAGUCUCCCAGUUGAAUACCAAACUCCUAACUGGCUAGUUAUAUUGCCCUAGGGAUCCCCCAUCUCUGCCUCUUAAAAGUCCUGGGAUAUAGAGACCCACCACUGUAUGUAGCCUUUUCUCUUUUUGGGUGGGUUUCUGGGGAUCUGAGCUCUAGUGUCCUGCUUGCAUAGGAAGCACUUUAUCUACUGAGCCAUCUCCCUAGCCCAUUGUCACAUUUUGAUUUUCUUUUUCUCCCUUUCUUACCUAGCCAGUCUACCUAAGGUUUAUCAGUUUUGAGAUUUGAAAGACAAAGUCUUUGGGUUUGGGGUUUGUUUGUGGUUUUGGUUCUUUUAUUAUGUGUGUUUUUCUCUUUCCCUCUGCUCUAAUCUGUCUACUUGUCCUUGUCCUUGUUCCUUGAAGAAUAAGGUUAGACUGUUGAGGACCGUGUCAUUUGAGGACCAUGCUGCAUUGCUGUGAGUCUGAGCACUGCUUUUGUCACAUCACAAUACUUCUGCUAUUUUGUGUUUUCAUUUGUUUCAGCAAGUGUUCCAAUUUUUCUGGUGACUUUUUCUUUCAACCAUUAGUUAUUUUAAAAUGUCCUAUUUAUUUUACACAUAUUUGUGGGUUUGUAAUUUCCCUUAAUGUGUUAGGGCUCUUUGUGGCUCUAAUGUAUCCCCAAAAGUGUUCUAUGUAUAUUUGAGAAAAAUGUAUAUUCUGCUUGUUGGGUAUGUGUUCUGUAUAUGUUAUGAUGUCCAAAUAGUAAGUAUGUGGUAGUGUUCAAGUGUUCUUUCCCUUGUUGGUCUGCCUUACUUCUAUCUGUAACCCUAGAACAGUCUUAUUCCCUAGUUCUGUCAGUAUUCCCUUCGUAUGCCUAUCUCACCUGUGUGCCACUUCCCUCUUUGAGUGACUCGUGUUAUGGGACAUGUUUUUCAUUCUACUUUAGUGUAUAUAGUUCUAAAGUGAGUCUGUAUACAAUAUAUAGUUGAUCCUUAGGUUUUAAAUGUAUUCUUCUAAGCUGUAUCUUCUAUUAGGGCAUUAAAUCCAUUGAGAAAGUGACUACUGUAACUAUUAAAGGAAAGGGCUCACUGUUGCCAUUUUGUUUUCUAUGUCUUACAGUUUUUGGUCCUUCAUUUCUUCUUUUAGGGUUUAUUUGCAUCUGGUUGAUAUUUAUAGUGGUUUGUGUGAUUUACUUUAAUUUCUUUUUGUGCAUAUUGUUCAUGUGGCUUUUAAUGCAGCUUACAUGGAACAUCCUAAAGUUUCAAUAAUCUUAUCUAAUAAUUUCAAUCACAUACAAAACUUCUCUUUUUAGCUGUAUCCUCCUUUCUUACAUUAUCAAUGUCACAAAUACCAUAUGUGUGUCCAAUAACAAGUUUAUAACUUUUUAUGCUUUUCUAUUUUAAAUACUGUUGAAUAAAAAACAGUUGUGAACCAAAA